AUGAUCCGUUACUGCCCGUUCCGUCUGAGGGCGGCACUGAGUUGCGCCCGCCAUUGGCCUUGCCAUGUGAAGGUUGCACCAUGUGGUGGCAGGCGGCUCUGGACACCGUUGUCUUCGUUCGUCAGUUCCUGGAGGGGGCCACCAAGCGGACCUACAUUCAGCGAAGCCCUUGCAGUACACAGCGCAAAGACAGAAGCAGAUCCUUCGGCGCGGCAUUAUACAUACGCUGUGCGCGGGCGGCGGACCGGACUUUGGUACAUUGGUUCCAGAAAAUGUCCCGACACUGUUUCUUCACCAGAAGCGGACACGCAAUACAUGGGUUCCCCAACGGAUUCGCAGUUCAAGCAAGAGCGGAAAGAUAAGAUUGUAUUGACAAAGCACAGCAGGCACGUUGAUGCUUUGCAGGCGGAGUGCUUCCUCCAUGAAUUUUAUAAUGUCGCUGAAAACAGUGAGUUCGCCAACCAGGCAAGGCAGACCUCCACUAGUUUCAGUCGCCAGGGAACGCGGCACACCGAAGAGACAAAGCAAAAGAUGAGCCAGGCUACGCGAGGAAGGCCCAAAAGCGAGGAAACGAAGCAAAGGAUGAGUGAGGCCAAGCGUGGCGACAAGCACCCCUUUUUCGGCAAGCACCACACUGAAGAAGCCAAGCAGAGGAUGAGUGAGGCCAAGCGUGGCGACAAGCACCCCUUCUUCGGCAAGCGCCACACUGAAGAGGCCAAGCAAAGGAUAAGUGAGGCUCUGCGAGGGAGGCCCCACAGCGAGGAAACGAAGCAAAGGAUGAGCGAGGCCAAGCGUGGCGACAAGCACCCCUUUUUCGGCAAGCACCACACUGAAGAGGCCAAGCAAAGGAUGAGCGAGGCCAAGCGUGGCGACAAGCACCCCUUCUUCGGCAAGCGCCACACUGAAGAGGCCAAGCAAAGGAUAAGUGAGGCUACGCAUCGCGAUUGA